AGAAAACACACGAAGAAGAAGACCUGAGAUCCACAACACCGUUUGAGCGCUAAAAUCUAUGUUCAUCAUGAGAGAGCAGGUGGAUGUGAUUCAUGCUGGAGAACAGCAGAUGCUGCAGGCACCAGUGAAGAUGUGUUCAGUGAAGCUGCUGGACUGCAGGAACAUGAUGAAGAUGAGAGGAGAAACAGCAGAGGAACAACAGAGUGAUGAAGAUGAUGAUGAUUUUAUUCCUUCAGAGCUGAUUGAAGCGAGAGAGGAAUGUGAAGAGCUGCAGGAAGUGGAGGAGGAACAACAACAUGGUUUCAUAACUGGAGAAAAAUCUUUAAGUGGCUCAAAGACAGAAGACAAUUUCUCACCUAAAAAGCCUCGAAGAACAACCAAGAAAUCUUUCACGUGCUCUCAGUGUGGAACAUGUUUCACAUGUAAAAGCAAACUUAAUAUACACAUGACAGUUCAUAUUGGAGGGACACCUUACACGUGCCAUCUGUGUGGAAAAAGUUUUGCAUAUGCAACCAGUCUCAAGAGUCAUCUCUUUUGUCACUCUGGAGAAAAGCCAUUUGAAUGUGAUAAGUGUGGUAAAACAUUUGCUCUGACACAGUACCUAAAACAACAUCUGAAAACUCACACAAAUGAGAAGCCUUACAAGUGUUCAUUUUGUGAAAAGAGUUUUGCACACCAGUUCUAUUUUAAUGAACAUCAGAAAAUACAUACCGGUGUGGCGGCUCAUAUGUGCUUUGAAUGUGGGAAGAUCUUUGUUACAGCCAGCAGCUUGAAACUCCACCAAAUAAUUCAUACUGGAGUGAAACCAUACAACUGCUCACACUGUGGAAAGAGUUUCUCUCAGUCAGAACACCUGAAAACACACGAGAGAAUUCAUACCGGAGAGAAACCAUACAAGUGCUCACACUGUGAAAAGAGUUUCUCUCAGUCAGAACACCUGAAAACACAUGAGAGAAUUCAUACCGGAGAGAAACCAUACAAGUGCUCACACUGUGAAAAGAGUUUCUCUCAGUCAGAAAGCCUGAAAAAACACAAGAUAAUUCAUACUGGAGAGAAACCAUACAAGUGCUCACACUGUGAAAAGAGUUUCUCUCAGUCAGAAAGCCUGAAAAAACACAAGAUAAUUCAUACUGGAGAGAAACCAUACAAGUGCUCACACUGUGAAAAGAGUUUCUCUCAGUCAGAAAGCCUGAAAAGACACAAGAGAAUUCAUGCAGGAGAGAAACCAUACAAGUGCUCACACUGUGAAAAGAGUUUCACUCUGUCAGAAAACCUGAAAAGACAUGAGAGAAUUCAUACAGGAGAGAAACCAUACAAGUGCUCACACUGUGAAAAGAGUUUCUCUCGGUCAGAACACCUGAAAUCACACGAGAGAAUUUAUACUGGAGAGAAACCAUACAAGUGCUCACACUGUGAAAAGAGUUUCACUCAGUCACAAACUCUGAAAUCACACGAGAGAAUUCAUACUGGAGAGAAACCAUACAAGUGCUCACACUGUGAAAAGAGUUUCACUCAGUCACAAAACCUGAAAACACACGAGAGAAUUCAUACCGGAGAGAAGCCAUACAAGUGCUCACACUGUGAAAAGAGUUUCACUCUGUCAGAAAACCUGAAAAGACACGAAAGAACUCAUACUGGAGACAAACGGAGCAUGCGAGCGCGGAGCGGUGAUAAUUCCACCUGAGCGGUAAUGCAAGUAGCUAGAGUCGUUUCUAUAUUUUAUACUUUUGCUUAUUGAUAUUAUACAAGCAUAUUCAUGUAUCCACAUUUAUGUACUCAACUAUAAUCAGAAUAUAAUGAUAUACUUCACAUUCAUGAAACCAGCUUACAUGGCAUUAUCAUUGUAUUAAGACUCCAUGUAUUCCUUGUAUGUCCAUCCUUGUAUUCCUGUGUUUAUGCAUGUAUGCUUACAGACUGAAGCAGUGUAUAGGUUAGGAGACUAUUCCAUAUUUCUUUCCAUAUCCUUGUAAGGUUGCAACAUUGCUGUGUCAACGUGCACGUGGGAAAUGGUGGAGCGUUGAGUGCAGCAAUUUAUAUAUUAUGGGGUGCUUAGUACAUGGGUAAGUUGCCCUUUUGACCUGAUGAGAGCUCAGAACCAGUUGCAGAGCAAGCUAGUCUCACAAUUGUAGUCAGCCAGCCAGCCCGCGCACAUACACAGGAUGCAUGGCAGAUGUGUGUGUGUGUGUGUGUGUGUACAGCGUGCUGAGUGUGAUAUAUACGAGCCUUUUGCCAAGAAUGUAUGUACGGAUUUAGCAAGCCACUUAACCGCAGCUGUCACACUUCAAUAGGUCAUAACAAUAUGACCUGACACCCUGAGUUACAACCUCGUGAUUUGUACAGAACGUACCGUACCAAGAAUGGAAAUCUUCUUUGCACAGUCUCAAGAGGGUAUAAAAACCUAAAACCUUAACUUUGGUCCUCAGAGUAUAACCGCUCAACUCUAUGGUUUCCAGCUUUGAGGCCUCAUCUCAUUAUCUGUACUUUAACUUCUUUCAUUUAUUUACUUUGUUCAUUAGAUAAAGACAAGGCAUUGUAUUAUUAUUAGGUUAA